UCGAAACAUUAUCUUUGUGUAGUCUGCGCCGCCCGCGCCGAAAGCCAUCGUAUCUGCACAAAAGCAAGUGUCCACGUGGACGCUCCGACCACGGAGAGCUUCGUUCUAGCCGCAGUGCGUUGGAUGAACAACGUGUUCUGCAGCUCGGACCCGGCCUGGUUCCUGGAACUUCUGCGCAGCGCCUCGCCGUCGCUGGAGGAGCUGCGAGUGUGGAACCCUGGCGAGGGCCACCUGCUGGCGGUGCACGGCAUGCCCCGUCUGCGGCGUCUGGACCUGCAGUGCACGGAGGGCGACCUGGACGAGGCGCCGCCCGUGCUGCCCGCGCUGCCGCACCGCAGCGGCCUGCAGUGGCUGCGCGUGGGGGGCCUGCCGCUCGCCACCACGCGGUCCCUGCUGCUGGCCCACGGGCCUGCACUGGAAGUGCUGUGGCUGGACAUGGGCGCCGUGCCCGGCGGCGAGUGGCCCGAGGGCUGCAGCGACCUGGCCGCCCUGCUGGCCCCGUGCGCCGCCCUCGCCCGCCUCGUGUUCAGGCGCCACGACCACGACCGCGGGGCCUGCCGCGACCAGCUCACUGUGGCGCGCGCCGCGCUGCCGGCCUGCACCGUGCAGUGCCAGCAGUGCGACCGGGUCGCGUACGAGGACUUCUAG